AUGGCUGAUUCCGAAUACAACGCAGAGGAAGCCGCCGAGCUUAAGAAGAAGCGCGCCUUCCGCAAGUUCUCGUACCGUGGCAUCGACCUUGACCAACUCCUGGACCUUUCCUCCGAGCAGCUCCGUGAUGUCGUUCACGCCCGUGCCCGCAGACGAUUCAACCGCGGUCUGAAGCGCAAGCCCAUGGGCCUGAUCAAGAAGCUACGCAAGGCGAAGCAAGAGGCCAAGCCCAACGAGAAGCCCGACACCGUGAAGACGCACCUCCGCAACAUGAUUGUUGUGCCAGAGAUGAUUGGCAGCGUUGUCGCUGUCUACUCCGGCAAGGAGUUCAACGCCGUCGAGAUCAAGCCCGAGAUGGUCGGCCACUACCUUGGAGAAUUCUCCAUCUCAUACAAGCCUGUCAAGCACGGUAGGCCCGGUAUUGGUGCUACCCACUCCUCGCGUUUCAUUCCCCUCAAGUAA